CCCCAGGACAUCUUCCACCAUGGCCACCUCAGCGAGUUCCCACUUGAACAAAGGCAUCAAGCAGGUGUACAUGUCCCUGCCUCAGGGUGACAAAGUCCAAGCUAUGUAUAUCUGGAUCGACGGUACUGGAAAAGGACUGCGACACAAGACCCGGACCCUGGACAGUGAGCCCAAGUGCAUAGAAGAGGUGCCCGAGUGGAAUUUUGAUGGCUCUAGUACUUUACAGUCUGAAGGCUCCAACGGGGACAUGUCUCUUGUUCCUGCUACCAUGUUUCAGGCCCCUUUCCACAAGGACCCCAACAAGCUGGUGUUCUGUGAAGUCCUAAAGUACAACCGAAAGCCUGCAGAGACCAAUUUAAGAUACACCUGUAAAAGGAUAAUGGACGUGGUGAGCAAUCAGCACCCUUGGUUUGGAAUGGAGCAGAUUUAUACUUUCAUGGGCACAGAUGGACACCCUUUUGGCUGGCCUACUAAUGGCUUCCCUGGGCCCCAAGGUCCAUACUACUGUGGCGUGGGAGCAGACAGAGCCUACGGCAGGGACAUUGUGGAGGCCUACUUGUAGGCUGGCAUCAAGAUCGCGGGGACAAAUGCUGAGGUCAUGCCUGUCCAGUGGGAAUUCCAAAUUGGACCCUGUGAAGGAAUCGAGAUGGAAGAUCACCUCUGGGUGGCCCGGUUCAUCUUGCACCGAGUGUGCGAAGACUUUGGAGUGAUAGCACCCUUUGACCCCAAGCCAAUUCCCGGGAACUGGAAUGGUGCAGGCUGCCACACCAACUUCAGCACCAAGGCCACGCAAGAGAAGGGUCUGAAGUACAUCGAGAGGCUGAGCAAGCGGCACCAGUACCACAUCCGAGCCUACGAUCCCCACGGGGGCCGGGACAAUGCCCGGCGCUUAACAGGAUUCAACGAGACCUCCAACAUCAACGAUUUUUCUGCCUGCGUGGCCAACCCCAGCGCUAGCAUCCGCAUUCCCCAGGCUGUCGGCCAGGAGAAGAAGGGUUACUUUGAAGACCGGCGCCCCUCUGCCAACUGCGACCCCUAUGGGGUGACAGAAGCCCUCAUCCGCACGUGUCUUCUUAAUGAAAUUGGCGAGGAGCCCUUCCAGUACAAAAACUAAGUGGACUAGACUCACAGCCACUGAACCCCUUUUAAUUCUUCAUCCCGCUCCCACUCUCGCUCCCUCUCAAUUGUCAUAAUAGCCGUAACUCAAAGGGCGG